GAAGUUUAUCGCCAAGAUGUCGGGGGAUGUUUUGUGCGACAAGCCGCUGGUAUGCUCGCGGACGAAAUGACUUGCUUGUCGUGGCGCACGUCUGCUAAAUUCCGGCCUAAAUUAAAUCCCAAAGUGUUGUAAGCAUUACGCCACCGGUGGUGUUAAGCCGGGCCGUCUACUCGCCUGUUGCCGACGCCGACGCUCAAGCGGAAGGAACAAGAGGACGAGGGCUGAACGAAGGCGCGAGGACUGUGUCAGUGUAUGUGUGUGCGCGUACCACUGCCAGGACCUAAGUUUUGAAAUCGCAGCUGGGAUGGGAGCCAAGGCAAGCACUGUAGCACAGUCUGCUGGUGGUAACGGUCAAUCCUCCACUGGAGCCAACGAGACCACGAUGCAAGGCUUCUCCAUGCUUCGUUCGUUGCCUGGCGGUGUAGGCAUGCUGCAGCAUCAGCAUCAGCAGGCUAAUCAGUCGCAGAACUCUCGUGUGUCUGGGGACAGUAGACAACGUGCUCGCUCUUUAAGUUCUGUGCCGGACCUCUCCUCCGCUGAACAGGCUGGUCUUUCCACGUCGGUAGGCGUAGGAGUUGGUCAAACCCUCGGCUUGCCGCAACUAGAUUCUGAUGACACGGAUGAGGAGAGUGGUCGCGUUUAUGCAGCUCAUAGCUUGCCUUCACACAUUUGGUCCCUCAACGGUCUAAAGUGUCCUGUGUGCUCCAAGUUUAUUUUACCGGAUGAUAUAGAAUGUCACCUGGUCAUGUGCCUGACCAAGCCACGGCUUAGUUAUAAUGAGGACGUGCUAACAGAUGGAAAGGGUGAAUGUGUUAUUUGUCUUGAAGAAUUACAAUCUGGCGAUCUUAUAGCCCGCUUGCCCUGUCUCUGUAUAUAUCAUAAAAAUUGCAUUGAUAAGUGGUUUCAAGUGAAUCGUAGCUGCCCUGAACAUCCUGGAGAUUGAUUUGUACCUGCUGUUUUUGAUGGAGCACAGUGGAACAAGUUGCUGGCCCAGAAGACACUCACGUCGACGGGAUUGAGAUGGGAGGAAAUGAUAGAAAUUUAAAAAAAAAGCUAGUCAAGGUGGCUGCUAGUCUGCGACGAUGAUUGGUGCGAGCGUGGUAAAUUGUUCGACUGAACGAGACUCACUCAUGAAAUCGAACAUAUGGCAACACAGAUGUUUUAUUCACUCCUCAACUCUACUACUGUUUAAGCGGGGGACUUAAAUAACAAAAAGCGCCAUAGAAUUCAACGAUACAAUGCUAUUAUCUAUACGUAUCUAUAAUUAAUCUAUUAUUGCUCUAUCGCUUACUAUCAAUUGUACCCUAUUUAUAAAUUUUACUUAGUUUUACAUCUUGAACUCUCGAUUUAGCAUUUAAGCAGGACGAUCUUUAUUACUAUCGAUCAUAUUUCUUUCUCUUCUUAGUCUUUUGAUUUUUAUUUUUUUUCUUUUUGGAAAAGGGGGACUGGACGAAUCUUAGUCAAGGAGACCUGCACAAUGAGCAGGUGAGCUCUACCUUAAAUAAGUUAGCUAUACUUUUAUUGAUUUUUAGUAUCUCGAGACGGUGUAUCGCAAUUUUCGUUGUCUGUUGGGGGAUGAGUGCUAGAAAGGAUAUUUUUGAUACUUUCAUAAAAGGGAGAGCCAGAAUGUAUAAGAAUUUCGAACGCUGGAGAUGACGACGUAGCGCUGUUGAUGCUGUAGUAACAAUAAAGGUUCUGAUUUAACCUUCCUUACCGAGAUUCAUACUAAUGUGAUAAUCUUUUUCGUUGUUAUUAGAAAGAAUUGACACGCUCCGUGUUACUGAAAUGUACAGUCUUAUCAAUUACUGAAGAUUAUCUACUGUGUAAUUAAUCUCUUUUGUAUAUGGAUAAGGAUUGACAUAACCCAGCAGGAGUAGUUUUUGUAAUACGAACAAUCAGUCUAUCAUAUUGUUCCAGUAACAUACGCAAAUCGUAUAUGUUCGGCUCGGACCCGUAUCGCGUGUGAGUUUUAAAUGAAAACUAAUAAAGCAAAAAAAAAGAAAAUGAAACGGGGAAAAAACAUGAGAACAGUGCAAUGAACAAAGGAAGCUGGAAGUAAAUUAUGUUAAUAAAACCGAACAUAUGUAUAUGCGUGUACAUGUACAUAUAUGCACAUCAUUUCUUGUGCACUUCCUCUCAACUACAAAUAUUAAAUAUCGGGGCUACAAAUUUCUCUCAUUGACGAACAAUCACAUAUCGAAAGACUAUUAAAAGUUAAGUGGAUUAUUUCGAAAACGGAUUUCAAAAAAACAAUCUUAAUUCGGCAUAUAAUCGCCAACGAGUAUUGAAAAUACAAAAAUUCUCGUGUAAAAUGUAUAAAGUUGCUCAAAGUAAUACGUGUAUUUAAGAGAGAGUGUACGACAUUGAACAUUAUACACACGCACGCAUAUACACACCAAACACACAUACAUACACGUACGUAUACACUUUUUUAAAGUUAUGACAGGUAAGUGAUCCUAGAGACAGUGGGGGCAUAUUUCAUAAAAAAAAAGAAUAAAAUAAGAAAAAGAGAGACAAUGUAAAGGGAGCGAAAUAAAAAGUAUGACGUCAACAGCAUAACAUACUUGGAGGAAGUUUUCUUUACAAUUCAUUACUGACCGAAGGCGAGAAUUGUCUCGCCGACUGUUUUAUUGAUUUUACGAUAUGUAACGUUUGUUAUGUGCGCCGAUUACGAAGACAGAGUGCGGGAAAGAAAAUGCAAGGUAACUCGCAGUGACGAGGAGAGACGCAAAUAGAUCGCGUAUUCUAUAGAAUGUACGACACGGGAGCAUGUAUAGCGCAUAUAUUGCAGGUACAACAUAUGCGAGCGAGUGUCGCCUCGCUCUCAAUCCAGUAGCGGUAUCUCGUAUUGCGUUAUAGCACGAUCUGGUCGUAAUUGUAUUGGCAUUUAUGGUAUUGAGAAUAAAUGAACAAAAAUAUAUAUUUAAGCUUUAGACACAGGACGAGACCACCUGUCUAUGAGUUUGUUUUAUUCGGAAAUUCCAGAUUAUACAGCUCACACACACAUACGUGCAUGUAUACAUAUUUCCGUGUAUUAUUAUUAUUUCUCUUGGUUAAGUUAUAAUAAGCCGGAUAAACAUGGAAACAGAAUAAUGUAUAAAAUUAAUUAAUUAAUUUUAGUAUAAAAUAUGAGUGCCAACAAUGUGCUGACUGUUUAAAGCAAGAGCACAAGAUCGAGUUAUUAAAAUAUUUGCCAAGAGUGUAAAUUUAUAAUUUUGGAAGAGAUAAGUUCUUAUUAUAGUUUUAGAAAUACAACGUGUAUAAGUUGUCUUAUAUUAUUGUCAUAUACGCAUGUGUUAAAGAUUUAUAUAAAUGAAAUACUUGAUUAA